AUGGUCCAGAAGCUUUACGUUACCUACAACGAUGUGCACAACUUGUGCCAGGAGGUCGCUCCCAAGAUCCUCGAGACCUUCAACCCCCAGCUCAUGAUCGCCAUUGGCGGCGGUGGCUACGUUCCCGCCCGUAUCCUGCGCUCUUUCCUCAAGCGCCCCGGCUCUCCCAACAUCCCCAUCCAGGCCAUCGGUCUCUCCCUCUACGAGUCUCUCGGCGAAGAUGUCGUUGAAGAGCCCGGUACCAAGGUUACCCGCACCCAGUGGCUCGAUCUGACUGCCCUUGGUUCCAUGAAGAACCUUAUCGGCAAGCGCAUCCUCAUCGUUGAUGAGGUCGACGACACCCGCACCACCCUUGAGUACGCCGUCAAGGAGCUCCAGAAGGAUGUCGAGGCUGCCCGUCAGGCCCUCGGCGGAGGCGAGGAGACCCAGUUCGCCAUCUUCGUCCUCCACAACAAGGACAAGCCCAAGAAGGGUACUCUUCCCGAGGACAUCAUCUCCCAGGGUCGCUACUUCGCCGCUCUCACCGUCGGUGACGAGUGGAUUUGCUACCCCUGGGAGGCCGGCAACAUUGAGGAACACGACCGCAAUGCUGCUGAGGCCAAGGCCCAGAAGGCUGCCGAUGCCCAGAACUAG